CAUAAUCGCCUCUAAAUCAGGAAUAAAUUGCUGAAGGCAAGUACAUAUAAACCAGAUAGUUUUCCGGAUGAUCUAUCCAUGCAUGUUAGACGAACACAGCAACAAACCAUGUCUUGUGAGAGCUAUACUUGCAGGAUGACAGGUCAGUCUACUGGUUAGAACCUAGGUCAUUCCACAUGGCCUAGUGAAAUAUCCCCUUGGCUCUCUCACCUGUAUAUAUAUCCCCUUGCCGUGCCAUAUAGCACACAUCUUCUACACACACACACCAUAAGUUUGUAACCGAGCAACUUCUCCAGAGAGAUAUGAGAAGGAAAGCCAUGUUCACAGUGGGGAAGAACAAAGGCGUGACGUCGCUCAUGAGCAGGAGGCCCUUCCAGCACAUGGUGCUGAGGAGGCUGAGGGAGCUGAAGAAGAUUGUUCCGGAUGCCCAGGACGCUGAUGUAGACAUGCUGCUCCGGCUGGCAGCCGAGUACAUCUGCAUCCUCGAACUGAAGGUCACCGUCUUGCGGAGGCUCUCCGCCAUCUCUGGCGUGUGAGACGGCGCGCAUCCAUCUCGGUCCACUGCAAUGCUCCAUGGUUAGAGGUUUUGAGAUUAAAAGUUGUUGCAAUUGUAUAUUCAAGGGAGGAGGACAGGACAUUUCUUGCCUGCUCAUCUCUUGUACCCCUCAGCAGUAGUGUGUUUGUGGCUCCUAUAUGCGGGUACACAUGGGAGUUGGUUUGGCAGGAAAAGCCAGCGAUUGUUAUUGUCACUGGAGUUGGCUAGAAGUGCAACGGUCCCUGCGGUUG